UUAUCCGCUAAUUUUGGCUGAGAAACAACGAAAUCUGGUGUCAAUGACAGAGUAAUGUUUUCUUCAGAAGCGCAAUCGCGGUAAUCAUCAAGCGUGUUGUCGUCGCGUCGAAGGGUCUUCUGAUCCAAGAUGACUACAGCUGCAAGGCCCACCUUUGAGCCGGCCCGGGGUGGGGGCGGCCGGAAUGAGAAAGACUUAGGGGCCUUGUCAAAACAGUACUCGAGCAGGGAUCUCCCGGGACACAACAAGCUAAAGUACAGGCAACCUGGUCAGGGCACCAGCGAGGAGCUCAAGGCGAAGGACUUCCGCCGCGAGCUGGAGGAACGUGAGCGUGCUGCGCUCUACGAAAGAGACGGCAAGAAGAUAAUCAGGGAGCCAUCAAAGAGGCCAAGACUGGAACAGGCGCCUGCAUCAAAUCUUGAUGCUGAUGACUCCUUAGACGAGGAUGAAGACUCUGAUGACAGUGAUGAAGAUGACACCGCUGAGCUGAUGGCAGAACUGAACAGAAUCAAGAAGGAACGUGCACAAGAAGAAGCAAAGAGGGAAGCUGAACGCAAGAUUCAAGAGGAGAGGAUUCGAAUGGAGAACAUCCUAAGUGGAAACCCUCUGCUGAACUCGAGCAAGGCGGAGUUUAAGGUGAAGCGACGAUGGGACGACGACGUCGUGUUCAAAAAUUGUGCCAAGGGGGAUCUCGAGAGCAGCAAGGAACGCCAUUUCAUCAACGACACUCUGCGUUCGGAGUUUCACAAGAAGUUUAUGGAGAAAUACAUAAAGUAGUUUACGACAUUUUCA